AUUUACUUUCUCAACUCGACUUACUUACCCGCUCUCAACCCACAGCUUUUCAAACUUUUCUUCAACAAACAACACGCUAACUGUCCCUCAUGGAUCUAGAGAAGCAAGAAGAUAAUCAGCACAUCACUUGUCAUUGGACACAGCAGACAUCUUACCUUACAAAGUGUAUAUUCGAAUGUGUCGGUGUCUUCAUCUAUGUCACAUGCGCUGAAACAAUCAAAAUUGCAUACCUUCUGUCUGGGGACCGCGAUGUGGCUGGCAAGUUGGCGAUCAUUUAUUUCUGUCCUCUGGUCUUCGCUUUUAUCUCUGCCACUCGUAUCCCUUGGCCUCGUCUCAUGGGUCUCCAUCUCCAUCCUGGCGUUACUCUGACCCUGACUAUUUUUCGACGAUUCCCAGUGUCAAAUUUGCUCCCUUUUGUCUUUUCACAACUCCUCGGUGCUACGUUUGGUGCUCUUUGUGUACAUGCUGGCUACCGUCUAUAUGUUGGCGUAAUCGCUGGCCAACAUUCAACAAUAAAAACCAUCUUCGUUACGGUAGCAAGUCUAUGGCCCGUCAGCAGUAUGGGUGGAGUUGUCCCAGUAGUGUCCUUUCACAACAGCUACCUUUUAUCGCUUGUCUUUGGAUGGAUCUGUGCGAUGUUGCUAGGCUUGACUCUCCUUGAAGAGUCUCCGAAAAACAGAAAAGUGUUUCUUGGUGGUCCAGCACACGUAGUUUGGGUAGUUCUGCUGUAUCUUUUGUCGGUAUUGGUAUUCCUCGAAACCGGGCUGGUUCUCAAUAUCGCUCAUGGUCUUGGAGCUCAAAUCGCAUCCUGGAUCCUGCAGGACGCCCCACUUUGUCUUCAGUGGCCGUUGCCUCUCGCCUCUCUCAUCAGCAUACCAGCCAUAAUGGCUGGAGCUUCAAUUUACAAGCUUCGUACCCUUGGGGAACCUGAUGGCUUGUGGAACUAUGCUGAGAUACCCUAGUGGACGCAUUGGGUGUUGUUAGGUGUUGUGUCAGAAUGAUGUUGAAAUGUUGUGUUCUUCUUUUUCCAAAUUGUGACAUUUGUUGUUAUCUGUAUGAUUAAUCACUCUCGAGCUCCACCGCACCGGUGGGCUGCGAUGAGGUCAAAAUUCAAAGUGCGUCACUAUGUUGUGAAAUCGAGACAAAUGAUCCCGGUGU